CAUUUGCGGGUUGUGUCACAUCUGCAAACAGCUACAGGAAAUGAUUUCUAAUACAGUGUGUUUCAAACACGUUUCCUUUUUUAUUGCUUAAACCCGAUCUGUUUUUUUUUCCUUUUUGAAAAUGUGCAUUCUCUUCCUAAUGUGGUCGGUGUUAGACAGGUAAAUCUUUAUUUCUUUAUUUUUGCAAAUUUUCUCUUCUCACUAAAAUACCAGAAUCUGUAAAUUAUAGCCUAUGGCUGGAGAGGAUUAAGAUUUUUUUAUUUAAAAAAGGAGAACAAACAAGAAAGGGUCUAAACAUUCACAGAAACAAAAAUACUAUUUGUUGGCCUGAGGUCUCCAUGUAGGAAGUGCAGCUUGCAGCACCAAGUGACACCAGCCAGAGCAUAGAAUAAUUCAAAGAAGUAGUGCAAGAUCAGAUGACAUGGAUAGACCUGGCCCAUAGAAUUGCCACGAAUUGGACAUGGCUGAAUGGAUAACAUCCUCAUCAACAACAAUCCACUUCUGCACAUAUUCUCAACUGUAAAUCUCACGGAAUUCUGUAGAGUUGAUUCCCAGCAUCUCUGGAAAAUAAUUGCUCUACACUGAAGCAUGUGUGUUUCAGCAUUCUGAAGAUAUGGCAUCUCAAUAUAAGUAUCUACUCACAGAAUGGUACAAUCUAGUUUGGUUUUUCUUUGUCUUGAAGUUCUGAACAGCAAAACAUCCAAUACAGUGAGGCUCUAUCUACUUUGAAAACAAUCUAAUAAUACCCAAAUAAAGGAUUUAGCUGCAGUUAUAUCACCCAGCAUGAUGAUUUUUUUCUGUCAAAGAUGUCUAAACUAGGAGUUCAAACCGAAGUGAUGGAGUGAACAAUGAUGUGUAAGAAGAAGUUGUGGAUUGUUCUGGCCCUGUGCUUUGCACUUGCCAUCUGGAAGAUAUAUAUUUCUGUUUCACCUUUGUCCAAAAGUCUUGAUGAAUGGCUACUGCAAGACUCAUUAAUGAAAGAGGAAAUGUGUUACCAUAACAAAUGUAUUGGCCUAAGCAGUUGGGAUUGGUUUUGUGACCACUUUGAUGCCUCAGUAAACUGCCUGCUGACUCUUGAAAACUCUGAUAUCCCACCAGAGGUUCUUCAGUGGUGGCUGAAGCUACAAAGAUCAAAAGAUGGCAGUCAAAUUCAGCAGAUGGUACAAUAUCUGUUUGACCUCCUUCAGUCCCCCACUGCUAGAGCUCAGGAUGUUGUUCAUUGUGGAACCUGUGCUGUGGUGGGAAACUCGGGAAGGCUGAGGGGCUCUAAAUAUGGAAAGAAGAUAGAUUCUCACAAGUUUGUGAUGAGAAUGAAUACUGCACAAGUUACAGGUUUUGAGGAAGAUGUUGGUGCACGAACCACACACCAUUUCAUGUACCCAGAGAGUGCGAUGAAUCUCCAUCCUAAUGUACAUCUUGUACUAGUCCCUUUCAAACCUCUGGAUCUCAAAUGGUUGGCUAGUGCUUUUUCAACAGGAGAUAUCCAGCAAACAUACAAAAGAGUUAAACAAUUUAUUAAAGCCGACAAAAGCAAGAUUCUAAUAAUUCACCCUGGUUUCCUGAAAUAUAUCCAAGACAAAUGGACACGGCAUCAUGGAAAGUAUCCUUCCACUGGGUUGAUUACACUGAUUUUUGCCAUCCAUACUUGCACACAGGUUUCUGCCUUUGGCUUUGGUGCAGACAGCAAUGGGAAUUGGCAUCACUACUGGGAAGACAACCGUUUUGCAGGAGCCUUUCGCAAGUCUGGAGUACACAAUGGCACUUUUGAGCUACAACUCAUUGAAAGGCUAACAAUUGAAGGCAAAUUGGUGUUCUAUAAAUAGUUUAUACUUUACAUUACGCGUCUAAGCUUGCUGAACUAGAUUGGAAUAGGGAUGAUGCCUCCCCUAUCUUACAAUCUUACAGUUCUUCACAGUAAGAUUUUAAAAAACUCCCUCUGUUCUGGUUUCAAAGAAAAGCAAAACUAGAAUAAAACACAAGAAGAGGAAACAUUUCUGUUUGAUUCAUGCACCAAAGAUUAAAAACAUGAGUGUCAUGGUCCUGCUUUUCUGAAUUUAUGUAUUUUAGAACAGAGACUAUAAACACUAUUUGUUACUACCUUCAGAUUUUCUCCGAGUAUGAAAUCAUAGACAGAACAAUUCAGAUUUACUAGCUGUGUUUUUGACAGCAGAAGAGAAGAGUAUAUUGGAACACCAAAAGGAACGUAUUUCUGAUUAUUUUCAGAAUAGGUGUUUGAAUGUGAAAUAUAUCUUUGAAUUUGAAAAUUAGGCUUUCUGAUAACUCAUUUGGUGUUUCUCCUUCCCUCCAUCACAAUUUAUAAAUCAAGUUCUCAAUAAAUUAUCCAGAUUUUUAAUAUUA